AUGGAUGAUGUAGACGAGGGCGAUGACGAGUUUCUUGCAGUCGGUGGCCAAUCUCGCGGCCAUGUUCGUUCGUCCUCGAGUCCCGCUAGCGCCAGGUCGUCCUCUCGUGGUGCUAUCGCCAGGACGGUAGAGCGCCUGCGUCGGGCAACGACUCUUACCGCCCCUGUGCCUGUGCCAAAUUUGACGAAGAAGAGCCGUGGAAGGCGCGUUCCUACGAAACCCACGGUGGCUAUCCAUGAUGGGUCUCCUAAGCAUGCGAGGACGUAUAUGUGCAAGGUUGAUGGGUGCGGAAAGUGCUUCGCGAGAGGGGAGCAUUUGAAGCGACAUGUUCGGUCAAUUCAUACUCACGAGAAACCGUACGCAUGUCCCGUCGCUGGUUGUGGGAAGGGGUUCAGCAGACAUGACAACCUCGGCCAGCACAUGCGCGUCCACAAAGGCUUCGAACUCGAUGGCGAAGAUUGA